UCACGAGGGAACCAAGCCCUGCUCGCAGGUCCUCUUGGCUUUCUUUCAGGUGAACACGUCCAGGGAUCCAGUAUCCGCAGCCGCCGCAGCAAUACUGCUGUAUGUACUGUGUAGACUAGUAGUAGCAGGAAAUCCAGGUUGUACCCAUCCGUUGUCCAAACAAAGAUUUGUGAUUCCGUGAGAGAAGGAGAUACCACCGCCGUCGAAGGGUCGAAGGCACUGUCUGCCAGAUGUAGGCUGUGAGAUGGAUGGAGCCACCUAUGUGUUUUUAGCCUGCCCGCCCGUGAGGGUCGUGACGAGGCCUCUUGGCAACACAGUCAAGUUUCUCCCCGGCAUAACGACAAACAUUACGGGAACCAAGCGGCGUCGACCAAAGCUUCGAGGAAGGACCGGUGGGGCACACAAGGUUCGGUCGUGUCUGAUGGUGAGAGCGCUCGCGGGGGUCGGGCGCGGCGUGACGAUGGUGGGAGAGCUCGCGGGGGUCGUGCGCAGGGUAACGAAGGUGGGAGAGCUCGCGGGGAUUGCCACUCGCGCCNAGCCGGAGCCGGAGCCCGGGCCGGAACAGGAGCCGGGAACCACUCAGGGCGGGCGGUCGUGGUCGCAACAGGGGGGAACAGGAGUAACGGAAGUCCAACCAAGGAAACAGGCAAGCGCGCAACUUUCAAGGAGGGCCAGCAGGGCUCUUCUCUCGUUACUGGGCCGGACCAGAUCCCGUUUGCCAGAUCCAUCGGGAAGGACUCACGCCUACAGCAGCAAGUUUCUCCCCGGCACAACGACAAACAUUACGGGAACCAAGCGGCGUCGACCAAAGCUUCGAGGAAGGACCGGUGGGGCACACAAGGUUCGGUCGUGUCUGAUGGUGAGAGCGCUCGCGGGGGUCGGGCGCGGCGUGACGAUGGUGGGAGAGCUCGCGGGGGUCGGGUGCAGGGUAACGAAGGUGGGAGAGCUCGCGGGGAUUGGCACUCGCGCCAACGCCGGAGCCGGAGCCGGAGCCCCCGGAACGGCCGUCGCGACCAUCGCCGGGAUGGCGGACAUGACAGGUCGUCGUCGUCUCGACUCACCAGCAGCCGGAGCCGGAGCCCGGGCCGGAACAGGAGCCGGGAACCACUCAGGGCGGGCGGUCGUGGUCGCAACAGGGGGGGACAGGAAGAACGGAAGUCCAACCAAGGAAACAGGCAAGUGAUGUGUGAUCGGGACGAUUUUCGUAGCUCGGGAUUGUUGGGAGAAGACAAAGAAGCUUCGGAGGACUAUUCUCUUGGUUUUUCCCCUCACGCUCCUCGUGCGCCUGCUGGUAGAGCCGCCCCUUCCAUGCAUUCUCUGGCGUUCAAGUUAGCCAACAUGCAACUCCGAGAUCAUUCAGUUGCUGUGAAAGGUUCUGUCCCGCCCCUUGUUGUUCAAGACCCCCCCGUGCCUUCCAUGCUUCCGAGAGACCGUGCUGAUUCGCCACACCGUAUGCCCUCACAAGCGUCUACUUCCGCUUCCCGUACUGAAAUGAUGUUGGAACAAGUACUUUCGCUCCUUCAAUCCCAAACGCCGGGCCAUGUUGUGGAUGCCGACGCCAACGCCGAUGUGCAACCGCUUGCGCCUCAACCAGCACCUAGACCGCCGCUUGCCUCAUCUAUUUCGCCACGAACGGAGUUGGUCCCGGGGCGGGGCCAUCCUUCGAUUUUUUCUGACGCUACAGUAGGCACAGGGACACCUGCAGGACUCGCAUCCAUCAAGGCGCAGGAGGCACCGCGUUCGGAGGAGAAGAUGGCGGUUCCAGUCGCCGCGGCCUCCCUCUCGCAACCUUUGCAGGAGCCCCCCCCCCCCUUUCAGCGUGUGUCUCUUACGUCUCAACCCGUCCUUACAGCUGACACCGUUGUCUCGAGGCCGGGGCCAGGCGCAUCGUUGCAGGCCCGGGACGACGCUGGUUUGCCUCUCUCUUCCACGGGAGCACGAGCGAGCCGAGACCCUUUGGAUGCUGCGGACGCCUCUGCAGCGGAGGCUGACAUCAUUCGCAUUCAAGACAAGAUGGACAAGCUCAAGCCGGAUUCCCUUGACAGUAUUACUCGCUUGCCCCUUGGCCCCGACCCUGAUGAAUUUGCUCGCUUCGCGUCUAGCUGCCAGGCGGUGGUCAUCGAAAUUCUCGACAAAAGCGAUGUCAAGAAACAGCAGACUUUCACCUCCCCCACCUGGGUCCGCGGAUGGCUUCCUUUGUUGCGCAAACGUGUUCGCUCUGCGGUUCUUGAAGGCCAAACCACCAACCGUGCCACCAUGGAAUUCCUCGAUGCCACCUUUCAGCAGGUAGAAAAUCAUCUGCGCAAGGAACCUUGG